AUGAGCGUCCCCCAUCCCGCCACAGCAGCACCCCACGGAGGAAUCGCUGACCAGAAAGGGGCAUCGGCGUGUCAAGCUGAAACAGAACUAAAACCUUUACUGUUUUAUCUCUUUACUUUUUCAGGAGGGAUAUUUGAAACUGUGGAAAAUGAACCUGUUAACAUUGAAGAGCUAGCUUUCAAAUUUGCAGUCACCAACAUUAACAGAAACAGAACACUGAUGCCUAAUACCACAUUAACCUAUGACAUCCAGAGAAUUAACCUCUUCGAUAGCUUUGAAGCCUCAAGGCGAGCAUGUGAUCAGCUUGCUCUUGGAGUAGCUGCACUCUUUGGACCAUCUCACAGCUCAUCAGUCAGCGCAGUACAGUCCAUUUGCAAUGCCCUUGAAGUCCCACAUAUACAGACCCGGUGGAAACAUCCAACAGUGGAUAACAAAGAUUCCUUUUACAUCAACCUAUACCCAGACUAUGCAGCCAUCAGCAGGGCAGUUUUGGAUUUGGUGCUAUAUUACAACUGGAAGAUAGUAACAGUCGUAUACGAAGACAGCACAGGUCUAAUUCGCCUGCAAGAACUCAUCAAAGCCCCUUCUAGGUACAACAUUAAAAUCAAAAUCCGCCAGUUGCCCUCGGGGAAUAAAGAUGCCCGGCCUUUGCUCAAGGAGAUGAAGAAGGGCAAAGAGUUCUAUGUGAUAUUUGAUUGCUCGCAUGAAACAGCAGCAGAAAUCCUCAAACAGAUUCUCUCCAUGGGAAUGAUGACUGAGUACUACCACUACUUUUUUACAACCCUGGAUUUGUUCGCACUAGACCUGGAACCCUACCGAUACAGUGGAGUCAAUAUGACUGGAUUUCGCCUGCUCAGCAUUGACAAUGUGCAAGUAGCAUCAGUUAUGGAGAAGUGGUCAAUGGAACGACUGCAGGCACCACCCAAGCCAGAGACUGGUCUCCUGGAUGGCAUGAUGACUACAGAAGCAGCUCUGAUGUAUGAUGCUGUUUACAUGGUCGCAGUGGCUUCCCAGCGUGCUUCCCAAAUGACUGUCAGUUCCCUGCAGUGUCACCGGCAUAAGCCAUGGCGUUUUGGACCCAGAUUCAUGAACCUGAUAAAAGAGGCUCGUUGGGAUGGUUUGACAGGGCGAAUUACUUUCAACAAAACAGAUGGCUUAAGAAAGGAUUUUGAUUUGGACAUUAUUAGCCUCAAGGAGGAAGGAACAGAAAAGGCUGCUGGUGAAGUUUCUAAUCAUUUAUAUAAAGUAUGGAAGAAGAUUGGGGUUUGGAAUUCAAACAGUGGCCUUAACAUGACUGACAGCAAUAAAGACAGAUCUACCAAUAUCACUGAUUCACUGGCGAACAGAACAUUAAUAGUCACUACAAUUUUGGAAGACCCCUAUGUGAUGUACAAGAAAUCUGAUAAGCCCCUUUACGGCAAUGAUAGAUUUGAAGGGUACUGCCUGGAUUUGUUGAAGGAACUAUCAAAUAUCUUAGGCUUCAUCUAUGAAGUGAAACUAGUGUCUGAUGGUAAAUAUGGAGCCCAGAAUGACAAAGGAGAAUGGAAUGGAAUGGUCAAAGAACUCAUAGAUCAUAAAGCUGACCUGGCAGUUGCUCCACUCACUAUUACCUAUGUAAGAGAGAAAGUAAUUGACUUUUCCAAGCCCUUCAUGACACUGGGAAUCAGUAUUUUGUACCGGAAGCCAAAUGGCACAAAUCCUGGUGUUUUUUCCUUUCUAAAUCCUCUUUCUCCUGAUAUUUGGAUGUAUGUCCUCCUCGCCUGCCUUGGAGUCAGUUGUGUCCUCUUUGUCAUUGCAAGGUUUACACCCUAUGAGUGGUAUAACCCCCACCCGUGCAACCCUGACUCAGAUGUGGUGGAAAACAAUUUUACUUUACUUAAUAGUUUCUGGUUUGGAGUUGGAGCUCUCAUGCAGCAAGGAUCAGAGCUAAUGCCAAAAGCUCUUUCUACCAGAAUAGUUGGAGGAAUAUGGUGGUUUUUCACAUUAAUCAUAAUAUCAUCCUACACUGCUAAUUUGGCUGCCUUCUUGACCGUUGAGAGAAUGGAAUCCCCCAUUGAUUCGGCUGAUGAUUUGGCAAAGCAAACUAAAAUAGAAUACGGAGCUGUCAGAGAUGGAUCAACAAUGACCUUCUUCAAGAAAUCGAAAAUAUCAACAUAUGAGAAAAUGUGGGCAUUUAUGAGCAGCAGGCAGCAAACAGCUCUGGUGAAGAAUAAUGAUGAAGGAAUCCAACGUGUGCUCACCACAGAUUAUGCUCUGCUGAUGGAAUCAACCAGUAUAGAAUAUGUUACUCAGAGAAACUGCAAUCUCACUCAGAUUGGGGGACUCAUUGAUUCCAAAGGUUAUGGUGUAGGAACACCCAUUGGCUCUCCAUAUAGAGAUAAAAUUACUAUUGCCAUCCUCCAGUUACAAGAGGAAGGAAAACUGCACAUGAUGAAGGAGAAGUGGUGGCGAGGCAAUGGUUGCCCUGAGGAGGACAGCAAGGAAGCCAGUGCCCUUGGUGUGGAGAAUAUUGGGGGCAUCUUCAUAGUGCUUGCAGCAGGACUUGUUCUUUCUGUUUUUGUAGCCAUUGGAGAAUUUAUUUACAAGUCAAGAAAAAACAGCGACAUUGAACAGGCCUUUUGUUUCUUUUAUGGACUGCAGUGCAAGCAAACUCAUCCAUCCAACUCCACUUCUGGAACUACUUUAUCUACGGAGUUAGACUGUGGCAAAUUAAUUCGGGAAGAACGAGGGAUUCGAACACAGCCCUCAAUUCAUACUGUAUAGUUACAGUAAGGCAAAGGUGUGUUCAGAUAAUAGCAAACCUCCUCGACAAUCUAUAUGAAGCUGAAAACAUGUUUGACUCUGAUCCAAAGAGUUACCACUAGUUUUUUACCUGUGACCAUAUUUGCUCUAAAAAAUUGUUUCUAAUAGUAGCCCCACAACAAAUGGUAAACUACUUUUGAAAAUAAGAGGACUUUCCGAAGGACACAGUGAUGUGGCAUCAGGAUCUUCUGUACAAAGAAGGGCAACACACACAAACACACACGAAAUCACCAUCAUUUAAGGGUGUCUUUACAAUACUUCUUUGAGUACAAUACCUUGGGAGGAAUUGCUAAAACUGUUGGAUGAUCCUCCACUCAUUGUGACAACUGAUAUACUUAAGUGCUUAAUAAAUGUCAAAUCAUAACAUAAUACAAUAUUGCAGAUUAUUGCUUUGUAGAAUACAGGAUAUUCAGGUUUCUUUAAUGGCAAUGGACAAUCAUCCCAUCUAGCAAGGGAGGUAUAUACAUGGAAGGAGAUUUUUGGAUACAGAAGCCCUUCCCCAAUAGGAAAGCAGUUCACGCAGGUCAGACACAAUCCCACAAAACCAGGAAUCAAAUCCCAUGCACUGUGCAAGCACUAUCUCUUUUGCGUCAUGUGCAGCAGCCCGAGCAAUUGCUACAUGUGGUGUGGAGGAGAGACACUGCUAGCAGUCACACGGGGUUUUGUUCUUGGCAGGUCCUGCAUAUCACUAUCAGUGUACUUUUUCACAUCAUGUUUGGAAUGGUGCACCCGACAUGGAGGAAGGUUGAUCAUGUGGGGCUUCCCAGGAAUCAAGCCCCAUGUGCCACUCAAGAAGCGUCCCUCUUUUGCAUCACCUGCAGCAGUUGCUUGUGUUGCUUCACCUGAUGCAGAAGACUGCCAGUUGUGCAACCUUCACUCCACAAGUGUUCACAGACUUGCAGAACCAGGUUGAGCAGCAUGCCCAGAAGCCCACAAAUACUAGACACACAGUUUCUUCUUGGGUCCAACCCAGCCCUAGUGCUGGAUCACCAGCUGCAUGCCUGGGUAGUUGCAACUGCAUUUUGAUUGGGCUUAAUAACUUCUUGCCAGUCUUUUUACAAGAUGCAGUGUUUGAGGGUAAAACUAAUUUGCUUUCAUUUUCCUUUCCUAUUCAAGCAAAACUAAUUAAAAUCACACUCAUCUUUCAGAAGAGGAACAGCUAAGAGGGAAGGUUUUAGAUAUUCAUUUUUACCCAAAGCUAAAUAUUUCCUCUCCAAGCAGAAGUAUUCAGGAGGCUUAUGCUUGAAGACCAUAAAGCUGCCUAGGAAGGCCUUUUGGCAGUUAUAGGUGGCAUAUAAUAUGUGAACAAACAAACUUCACAGAAGUUUCUGGCAGACAGCAUCAAAAUUACACUAGCACAGCAACAUAAUGAGUCUGACAAUGCAGUCCAUUUCUAUGUACUUUACAGUCCACUGUUUUUAUAGGAAUGUUUUAUGGGCUAUCCAAUGUUGUUGGGUAAACUCAGUUUAAGACACAUGUAACCUAGCAUUGGAUGCAUGGAAAUGCACUUCUGUGAGCUUAUUCCUGGCUGGAUGGGGAAACAUCUCUACAGCUUAGUGCUGCGUACUUAAUUCAUGCCUUUGAGCCAACAGCUGGCAGAGUGCUCGUAGAGCCCUUUUUAAAAGAUAAAACCCCAGUAAUCAGCUCUAACAGAGAAAGUAUAUAGUAGUAUCCAUAUAACUUUUUCCCUUUGAUGUCUCUUUUUCUAUGCUACAAUUCUGGUCAUUCAAGUAUAAAAAGUCUUUGCAGUAACUAGAUAAUUUCUUAAAACCAUUUUCCACAGCAAAGAUUUCAUCAUACUCUUAGACAGCUUGGGCAGUUUCAAAAUUACUCAUGUUUAUACCCCAGUCCUCACUGUCUUUACCUGGGAGUUACACUGAUCUUAACAGAAAGUACUUAUGAUUAAAACUGCAACCUUAGACUAAUAAAUGUUUAGUAAAAAGAAAAAAAGAUUCCAGGAGCAAUACACUGCCACUGAUAACCUUAUAUUAUGUUACUGUAGGCAAUUAACAAUUUUCUCUAUCAAACCUGCAGUUUGAUCCAAGGCAUAAAAUUUAGAAUCUGGGGCUUAAUUUAGAAUAAUUAUAAAUUCUGUUUCUAAUGCAUGCUACCACCAAUUCAAAAGUGAGUUUUGAUAGUGUCCUUGGCCUCCAUGUUUCUAUUCCUAACUAUUCUAAACCAUGGCCACUCUCCAGGUAACUCAAUUUGUGUGUUAACUCAUUAUGUGCUUUUAAAACUA